UUGUGGGUAGUGCGUCAUUAUGUUAAGUGUCAUGUCAUGUCUGGUUACAAUAAAGUUGAAAGUUGAAAGUUGAAAGUUGAAAGUUGAAGUAACCUUUAAUAGAGACCUGCUUAUCUACAAGCAAAGCAAUGCCCACGCCUUUUUUCCAUAUUACCAGCCUUCCUUUGUAUACUCUUACUGCGAAAAAGCAAGAUAAUUGGAUACCUCUGUUCUCUGUUCUAUCCUUACCCUAAUCUUAAGACCUACUCAUCUGUAAGUAAUGGUAAACAGCUGUUAUUAUCAACUCUUCGUUUGGAGAAAGAAAUCCGAAGAAUGACUGUUAGUUGACUGUUAGUUUGUGGACAGGAAUUUCUAUGUUGACCUUGUCGCUGUCUAAGAUGAAAUCGAAUUGCUUUGUUCCAUAUGGUGUGGAGUUUUUGUGUGGUUCUACGAAGCCCGUUCAGUUUAAUCGUCUUAUAUGUGCAUCAUACUGAAAAUGAAUCGAUCUUGGCUUUUGGGCCGUGGUGGGACUGCACCCUCCCUCCACCUACAUCAAGGCUUGGUGACUCAGCUAUCAGAUUGGUAGAACAUAAUUACGGAAACAUUUACCUCUGUAGUUUUUUUUAUUUUCAAUGUAUUUACUGAUGUCGAGGGUAAAUAAUGUCACAGUCUUGGCUUUCGUACAACUUUGAAGUUCUAAAUACCAAGUCUAAUGUAAGUGAACAAGCUGGGUUUUGUGAGAAAGAAUUUGUAAAUUUUAAGUCGCUUGUCAAUCAAGUACGCACUUCUAAUACGAACACGAAAGUGGAAAUGUUUUGAGAACGGCAAACUACUGAUGAAAUUAGUUUGAUUUUACAAGGGAAGAACGCCAAAAAAGAGUUAUGGACACAGAUAACAUUGCAACGUUUAUUAGGGAUCGUGAAGUUAAGUCGUCCAUCACGCGAGCUUUUCAGAGGAGAUUUCAACUUCAUCAACCCUUUGUUGAAAGACUAGGACUCGAAACAGAGCUCGAGGGUCAUACUGGAUGUGUUAAUUGUUUAGAGUGGAAUGAAAGUGGAAACCUUCUUGUGUCUGGUUCAGAUGAUCAGAAUGCUAUAUUAUGGGAUCCUCUGAGACGUCACAAAAAGUGCUGCAUUCAAACUGGCCACACAGGAAACAUUUUCUCUGUCAAGUUCUUGCCACAGAUUGGAGGUCGGAUAAUUGCAACAGCUGCUGCUGAUACUAAAGUUCAGAUUCAUACAGUGGAAACACAAGAAACAUCACAGGUAUAUAAAUGUCAUAUCGGACGUGUCAAGAGACUGGCUACAGCUCCAGAUACUCCAUAUAUGUUGUGGAGUGCAUCUGAAGAUGGUACCAUAAGGCAAUUUGAUCUGCGGCAGCCACACAACUGUAAUACAAGCAGUAAGAACUGCAAGAAUGUGCUCAUAAAUCUCAAUAUUUAUGUUGGUGCCAUGGCAGAGGCAAAGUGUUUAGCAAUAAAUCCUUUACAACCUGAACUUCUUGCUGUUGGCUGCAAUGAUCCUUUUGUGCGAUUAUAUGACCACAGAAUGUUAGCAUCUCAUAGUUUGUCUGCUGAGAUUAAAAGACCCUCAAGUAGUAAUAGCAGCUGUGCUAAGGAUGUAAAGCUUCCCCCUGGAUGUGUUCAGUACUUUGCUCCUGGCCAUUUGCCGCCACAGCUCAGCAAAGAUUCACAAAGACGAUUUCGAGCCUAUGUUGCCACCUAUGUUAAUUUUUCACCAAAUGGAUGUGAACUUAUUGCAAAUUUAGGUGGUGAACAAAUAUAUUUGUUUGAUAUUAAACACCAUCGCAAAGUCAUGAGGUAUCAAGGAGUUAAUGGUCUUAGUUCAUCACCUACAUCGAAUGGUGUGGUCAAAAGUGUUUUAGAUAAUUUUGGUAUUCCUUCAGGGAAAAAUGGAUUCUUAAAUUCUGAAAAUGGAGCUACAAAUGGUUACAAGGUCCCAACUUUAAAUGGGAAGAAUACUGUUUCAGAAAAAAGAUCUUCAAAGCCCAUAAGUGGCUGGAGUUCUUCAACUAGCACCUCCCAGCAAUUGCCCCCCAAAGCUCUUCAACUUAAGGAGAAAGGGAAUGAUGCCUUCUGCCAACAACAGUUUUGGACAGCAGUUAACUUGUAUAAUGAAGCAAUAGUCCAUGCCUCUGGUUCUGCUCUCCUAUAUGCAAACAGAGCUGCUGCCUAUAUUAAGAGGGCUUGGUAUGUAAUGACCUAACUUAGCUAUGUUUCA